GUAUUUGCCCGCAUCUCUGCAAGUUACCGAAGAUCCAUAGCUAGCUUAAGACUCAUAAGUAGCUCUAGAGAGCCGCCCAUUUCUGCCUGCUCGUUUUUGUUCAAUCCAUCUCUCGUUCGACUCCAUCCUGCAAAUAUGUUGUCCAAGUCGUUUGCUGCCUUGUCUCUGCUGUCCUCGUCAGUGUCGGCUGAGCAGGUGUUGGGUGUGUACAUGUUCCACAGACAUGGAGAUCGUACACCCAAGGCUUUGGCUCCUGCCAAUCUGACGGAUCUUGGUUAUGCUCAGGUCUACACUUCUGGUGAUUACUACCGUAGUCGCUACAUUGACUCUGAGGCCGAGCACAAGAUUUUGGGCAUCAAUUCCGAUAUCGUCAAGCAAUCGCAGAUUAGUGCUUCGGCUCCUGCUGAUACCGUUUUGCAGAACUCUGCUACUGGGUUCUUGCAGGGUCUUUAUCCUCCUGUUGGCAUUUCUUUGGGUACUCAGACGCUGCGUAACGGAUCUAAUGUGACCUCGCCUUUGAAUGGCUACCAGCUUAUUCCCUUGACUCUUACUACCAGUGGUUCUGGUAGUGAGGACAAUGGAUGGCUGCAGUCUGCUUCUGGCUGUGCGUCUGCUGUUAGCAGCUCCAACGAGUACUUCUCCAGCACUCAGUACACCGAUCUUCUGGCCAGCACCCAGGACUUCUAUGACAUGCUCACCCCUGUCAUCAACGGCACUUUCAGCUCAAGCCAGAUCAGCUUCAAAAAUGCAUACACCAUCUACGAUCUGAUCCACGUUGCCGAGAUCCACAAUGCCACCAUCAACUCAUCCGACAUCCUCACCAGCGAUGUCCUCCACCAGCUACAGACUCUAGCCGACACCCACGAAUGGGGACUCGCCUACAACUCCUCCAACGACAUGCGCGCCGUUGCCGGAAAAGUGCUCGCCGGAGAAAUCGUAGAGUUCCUCAAUACAACCAUCUCGUCCUCUGGCAAGAGCAAAUUCGGCGUCCAGUUCGGCGCCUAUGCCACGUUCGCUUCCUUUUUCGGUCUUGCAGAUCUCCCUUCUGUAAACGACAUGUUUUACGGCAUCACUGAUUACGCCUCGUCCAUGACUUUCGAACUCGUCACCAAUGCUUCUACAUCACCUUUCCCCAGUGUUGAGGAUAUCUCUGUGCGUUUCCUGUGGCACAACGGUACUGCGAAUUCCAGCAGCACUCCCACCGCUUACCCGCUCUUCGGCACUGAUAGCGAAUUAAUUUCUUGGAACGACUUUGUAACCAACAUGGAUAAAUUCAGCAUCAGCAACACAGAGGCAUGGUGCACGGCUUGUGGAAACAGCACUGGUACUUGUGCAGCCUACGCACCUGCUUCUAGCACCAGUUCUGGCAGCAAUGGCGCAACUGGGGAGCAGAAGAAGAGUGGAAAUGGAUUGAGUCCCGUUGUUAAUGGCGUUAUUGGCGCCAUGGUUACUUUGGCUGUUAUUCUUGGUCUAGAGGCACUUGUUCUGGCGGUUGGUGGGUUGAGGGUUGUUAGUAAGAAGAGUCUUGCUCAGGGUGCUGUUGUUGGUGAGACUGUUACUGGUGGUAAGGCUGCAUAG